AUGGAGAGGAGAAAACCCUACCGCUAUCCAGCUGCAAGAGCGCCUGUUGGUGAGACUCUGCAAGAAGGCCCUCGCGUGUGGUUUACAGCUCCAAAUGGUGAGAGCUAUGAAGUAAACGUGCUGAAGAUGCAGCAGCGGAACCUUCGGACUGGGAAAAUACGCCAGGUAAGCUGCCAUAGUGGUGGCUGGUUUUUUGACAAGCACUGUACCAAGCCGGUACCACGAUGGCUGCCCUUCUCGAAGCCAAUUCACCGUGCUUUGGAUGCUGCUAGAGAUGUCAGUGGUGCAGAGCCCCUUGAAGUGCAUGAAGCACAUGAUGUGACUGACGACUUAGUGGCAGAGGUGUCCAUAGCAGCUGCAGGUCCGGGCUGGAUGACCCAAGUUCUGGAAUCAGAACUUCUGCCGGCGACUCCUUCCGCUCCAAGUUUCGUGCAGGUGCGACAAGCUGCGCUGUCAGGAAGCACUAGCCAAGUGCGGUGGCUCCUGUGCAGCCAGCAGGUCCAGGUGCUUGGCCAUGAAAUCUUCGAUCGUCGUUACCCUGGCUUUGUGCUCAAGGAUGAGCAUAAGUGCUGCAUCAAAAUGCUUUUGGCGCGAGGCGCGAAGUUGGGACGCUUUGCCCCUAGCAGCAAGCUGUUGCGGAAGGUGGAGUCAGAUUGCAUGGGCCUGUGGCUACAAUGCUUCUUACGCUCCGCGGCCUUGGCAGGGAUGGACCUGCCGGACCCUGUACAGAGCGGAGGACGUGAUGUGCAAGCGGCUGCUGUGAAGCUGCUUGCGGACGGACGUCGUAUUGGUCACUCUGAGACAGACUUUGGCGGAAGCUCUGAUCUCUACCAGCUGCCCUGGACUCAGAGCUGGACCCUCCAUCUCUACCAGCCAGCACAUGCAGCAGACUUUGAAAAGGUGUUUCUAGUGACUUCCACCAGCAACAGCUUUCAGCAAGAUGAUGAAGGGCCCUGGAAAGGGCAAGAAAGGCAUGGUGGGAAAGGGAUGAAGGGCAUGAAGGGGGACACGAAGGGCAAGGGAGGUGAGAAAGGAGGCAUGAAGGGCCAGAAAGGCUUCGAGAAAGGCUUUGACAAGGAAGUGCAGAUCUACUUUUGGGACCACCGGGAUGGCCCCAGUAUGUGUGGCUGGUGGUUCGGCGCCUCGGUGGGUGGCGACAUGGUUUGGUCCUUCCGGCCGGGCGACGCCCCGGUGCCGCCCAGGAGCAGCGCAAGUGGACCAUCGCUAGGUGCUCCCGUUGCUGCAGACGGUCGAAGUCCAGCGGGGCUUGGUCCAUCCAUUGAGGUGAUGCUGAGGUUGGCCCUGCUCAUCUCCACUGCUCAUGGCUGGAGCUGCAAUGAUGCUGGCGCAACCAGUUGGUUGCGGAGAGAAAGCCUUGCGGAGGUGGACGCGCUGGCUGUGUGCAAUGAUGGGAGCUCCGCAUCGUUCUACCUCCAGGAGAACACGUCCAGCCCUGAUUGGCUGGUGUAUUUAGCUGGUGGUGGCUGGUGCUAUGAUGCUGCCAGCUGCCAGGGGCGCUUUGACGGGAGGGGACGAGCAAAGAAAGAAGUGCUCUUGAUGUGUGGUGGCUUUGAUAGCAAAGAUAAUCUGCAGGAUGCCUGGCAUUUCUGCCCCAACAAGGGGAAGUUCUUUAUCCCCAACAGUGGCCUGCAGCAUGUGCCCAUGCCUGGGGGCUAUCAUUCCUUGGCCUACGAUGACUGUCACGACAGGGUCUACCUCUUUGGUGGCCAAUGUUGCGUUGGAGGUCCAUAUAGUUUUUUCGAUCACCUUUACAUGCACGAUCUGCUGCUCCCCUACUGGAAACUGACACCAACGAAAGGCAAGGGACCUGGCCCACGAGCGCAGCAUUCUGCGGUGAUCACCGAUGGCGUCAUGAUCGUCUAUGGUGGGACCAACGGUGUGCGAAGCUUCCGUGAUGUGUGGACAUUGCAUUUGAGGUGUCCCGCGCCGGUGUGGAGGGAAGUGCGGAUAGAGGGGCCGCCUCUCUUCGUGGGCACUCGUGCGCGGCAGCAGCCCUUCCAGGUCCUACCUCACCGGUCCUUCCUCACGGCCAACAGCGGUAGCUUUGGUAUUGCGAGUGGAAUUCUGGUGCUGGCGCGUCAAAAGCCCGAUGCUUCCGGUGCGUGGAAGAUGGGUUUGUACGCGCUGAACCUGCGGAAGCCCCGGUGGCGCCGGGUUUGCACGCAGAAUGCACCGGUUUGGUCAGGGAACUUUGGGGAGAAUGACGCGUCGAGGUUACAGCGAAAGGAAUGUGGCCUAGGAGAUGGUGCCUUUGGGCCGUGGCAAUUCCGCGGGGCGAGGGUGGUGCGAGCUGUGCUGAAGAAGCUUGGUCCACGGCUGCAAGCGGCAAGGAGGCUGAUCUUCGGUGGCGGCUCUGCAGGAGCGCGGGGUGCUAUGGUCUUUUUGGAUGAGGUGCGGGACAGAUUCCCACAGACUGACGUGCGCGGCUUCUUGGACUCACCAUACUACUUGGACGUGCCUAGCUUCAGCUCAAAAUUCGAGGGCUUCCAAGUGCAGCAUGAGAACGUCUUGGCCAAUUUCAAUGCAUCUUCUAUAGUGUCAGAAUCGUGCCGGGCAAAGUUCUCUGGUGAGCUUUGGAAAUGCCUCUUUGGGCAGCAUCGAAUGCCACUGGUGAGGACACCAUACUUGAUGGUGGCUGCACAAUACGAUUCGUGGCAGCUCUCGCACCUCGUGCAUGGCUAUGAUGGCCUUGAAGAGCAUCCACGCUACACAGGUGCAGAGAGGAAGUAUGCGGAGGACUUUGCUGGAAAGACUCGCGAGGAGCUGAGCCAUCUGGUGAGGCUUUCCAACGUCUCCUUCGUUUACAGCUCCGGCUGCUACGAGCACCACAUCUCUGAGAAGUCGUCCUUUUGGAGUUCCCAUGUCCGUGGCCUCUCAGAAGCCAUGGCCGUGGCAGAACUCCCAGCAGGGCGAGUGGGGGGCUGUAGUUGA